AUGGUUUACCAUUCGUUGACUGAGGCCCCUCACAACCUCAAGGAGGCUGUUGACUGGUUGGUGGCCCUGAAGGGAACUGACGCUGAGAAGAACUUGAGGGCCAUUGGUGCUGCAGUUCACAAGUUUCUCGCCGACAAGCCUGUUGGCAAAAUGGAUGUACCUGCUGUCGAAGAAGUGAAACUGAUCUCUAAGAAAUUCCUGGAGAAACUGGAGUUCACGGUUAUGUGGCCGACGUCCGUGUUACUGGAGAAGUUUAAGAGACCUAUGAAUAAAAACCCUGGAUUUUUCGUUAAAGCCUUUGGGUUUGUCGACAAAAGCGAUUAUAAGAAUGCUGUGGAGGCAAAGGGUCUCACUGCUGAAGCAAUCGCAGAGAACUUGGGUACAGUUGUGUAUGGUUGUGAAAAGUUCCUGGGAGAAAUCAAAACCCCCGCCACGUACAACUCUGCAUACAGUUCUAAAGCCACAUGGGAUGCAUCAUGCGCAAAAGACCCGGAAGCUUGCGCUGUCGUCUUCGUGGGAAUCGCGCCAAUGUUAUGGGCAGGACUACAUUCCUUGCGCCAAACGAUUCUUGACGAACCCCAUAGAUACAUGAGUUAUGGUGUAAAAAGUAGCCUGAGUGAUGUGUUGAAAGCUUUGGGUUACGAUGAUGACGACUGUUUGCCGGGCGUCAAUCGUCCAGAUGUUGGCAAAGCAUUGAGCGGUUUGAAGCCACGCAUAUUUGAAUUCAUCUAUGACCUCUGCGGAUUUUGGGCUUUCUACUGA